GGAGAAGGGGAGGGCCCGGAUUCGCCGGCUGCAGGCGCCGCCAUGGCUGCCAUAUUGGAAAGGAAGUGAGUGCAGGAGGCGGCGGCAGCGGCGGCGGCCCUGGGCGGAGCAGCCCUUCCCCAUUCUUCUCGGCCGCGGCGGGUCUCCUCACGGCUGCGACCCGAGAGUCUCCCCGCACCACUGCCAGAGGCAGGGGAAGGGUAGGCCGGAGGCGGCGGCGGGCGGCUGGAGACGCGGCCGCUUGAUAAGGCGUUGAACGCCCGAGAGGAGGAGGAGGAGGAGACGGCUUUGGCCUAAGAUGGCGGACCCGGCGGAGUGUAACAUCAAAGUGAUGUGCCGCUUCAGGCCUCUCAACGACUCUGAGGUGACUCGCGGCGACAAGUACAUCGCCAAGUUCCAGGGCGAAGACACCGUCGUCAUCGCGUCCAAGCCUUAUGCAUUUGACCGCGUGUUCCAGUCACACACAUCACAGGAGCAAGUAUAUAAUGACUGUGCAAAAAAGAUUGUCAAAGAUGUACUUGAGGGAUACAAUGGUACAAUAUUUGCUUAUGGGCAAACAUCAUCUGGGAAAACUCACACUAUGGAGGGGAAGCUACAUGAUGUGGAUGGAAUGGGGAUUAUUCCAAGGAUUGUGCAAGAUAUUUUUAAUUAUAUUUAUUCCAUGGAUGAGAAUUUGGAGUUUCAUAUUAAGGUGUCAUAUUUUGAAAUUUAUCUGGAUAAAAUAAGGGACCUUUUGGAUGUCUCUAAGACCAAUCUUUCUGUGCAUGAGGACAAAAACAGAGUACCUUAUGUGAAGGGCUGCACUGAACGUUUUGUAUGUAGUCCAGAUGAAGUUAUGGAUACUAUAGAUGAAGGAAAAUCAAAUAGACAUGUAGCAGUUACAAACAUGAAUGAGCAUAGCUCUCGAAGCCAUAGCAUCUUUCUCAUUAAUGUAAAGCAAGAAAAUACUCAAACAGAACAGAAAUUGAGUGGAAAGCUUUACCUUGUAGACUUGGCAGGUAGUGAAAAGGUUAGUAAAACUGGAGCGGAAGGUGCUGUGCUAGAUGAAGCUAAGAACAUCAACAAGUCUUUAUCGGCUCUUGGAAAUGUCAUUUCUGCUUUAGCUGAAAACAGUAAUUAUGUUCCAUAUCGUGAUAGUAAAAUGACCAGAAUCCUUCAAGAUUCACUAGGUGGCAACUGUAGAACCACAAUUGUUAUUUGCUGCUCUCCAUCAUCUUAUAAUGAAUCUGAAACAAAAUCUACCCUGUUGUUUGGUCAAAGAGCCAAAACUAUCAAGAACACAGUAUGUGUCAAUGUAGAACUAACUGCAGAACAAUGGAAGAAAAAAUAUGAAAGGGAAAAGGAGAGAAACAAAACACUUCGCAACACAAUACAGUGGCUUGAGAAUGAGCUGAAUAGAUGGCGUAAUGGAGAGACUGUGCCUGUUGAUGAGCAGUUUGACAAAGAAAAGGCCAACUUGGAAGCAUUUGCAGUGGAUAAGGAUAUUACUGUUACUAAUGAAACUCCAACUGCUACUAUUGGAGUGAUUGGCAAUUUUACUGAUGCUGAAAGGAGAAAGUGUGAGGAAGAAAUAGCUAAAUUAUACAAACAGCUAGAUGACAAGGAUGAAGAAAUUAAUCAGCAGAGCCAAUUGGUAGAAAAGCUAAAAACACAGAUGUUGGAUCAGGAAGAGCUUCUAGCAUCUACCAGGCGGGACCAAGACAAUAUGCAAGCUGAACUAAAUCGGCUUCAAGCUGAAAACGAUGCCUCUAAGGAGGAGGUAAAAGAAGUUCUCCAAGCCCUUGAGGAGCUGGCUGUCAACUAUGAUCAAAAGUCUCAGGAAGUGGAAGACAAGGCAAAAGAAUAUGAGAUGCUUAGUGAGGAGCUGAAUCAGAAAUCGGUAACUUUAGCUAGUAUAGAUACAGAACUUCAGAAACUUAAAGAAAUGACCAAUCACCAGAAAAAACGAGCAACAGAAAUGAUGGCAUCUCUUCUAAAAGAUCUUGCAGAAAUAGGAAUUGCUGUGGGAAAUAAUGAUGUGAAGCAACCAGAAGGAACUGGCAUGAUAGAUGAGGAAUUCACAGUUGCAAGGCUCUACAUCAGUAAAAUGAAAUCUGAAGUGAAAACUAUGGUAAAACGGUGUAAGCAGUUAGAAAGUACACAGACGGAGAGCAAUAAGAAAAUGGAAGAAAAUGAAAAAGAGCUAGCGGCCUGUCAGCUCCGUAUCUCACAGCAUGAAGCCAAGAUCAAGUCACUUACAGAGUACCUUCAGAAUGUGGAACAGAAGAAAAGACAGCUUGAAGAGUCUGUGGAUUCGCUUAAUGAUGAGCUAGUCGAACUUCGAGCACAAGAAAAAGUUCAUGAAAUGGAGAAGGAGCAUCUAAACAAGGUUCAAACAGCAAAUGAAGUCAAGGCAACUGUUGAGCAGCAGAUUCAGAGUCACCGUGAGACUCAUCAGAAGCAGAUUAGCAGUCUCAGAGAUGAGGUUGAGGCGAAGGAGAAACUAAUUACUGAACUGCAAGAUCAAAAUCAGAAGAUGAUGCUUGAGCAGGAACGACUCAGAAUUGAACAUGAUAAACUGAAAGCUACCGAUCAAGAUAAAAGCAGGAAACUGCAUGAACUAACGGUUAUGCAAGAUAGGCGAGAACAAGCAAGACAAGACUUGAAAGGCUUAGAAGAGACUGUGGCAAAAGAACUUCAGACCCUGCACAAUCUUAGGAAACUCUUUGUUCAAGAUCUGGCUACCAGAGUUAAGAAGAGUGCAGAGAUAGACUCAGAUGACACAGGGGGCAGUGCUGCCCAGAAACAGAAGAUUUCUUUUCUUGAGAAUAAUCUUGAACAGCUCACAAAAGUCCACAAACAGCUGGUACGUGAUAAUGCAGAUCUUCGCUGUGAGCUUCCGAAACUGGAGAAACGACUUAGAGCUACAGCUGAGCGAGUUAAAGCUUUGGAGUCAGCACUAAAGGAAGCCAAAGAGAAUGCAUCUCGUGAUCGCAAGCGUUACCAACAGGAAGUAGAUCGUAUUAAGGAAGCUGUGAGGUCAAAGAACAUGAUCAGAAAGGCACAUUCUGCGCAGAUUGCUAAACCUAUUCGCCCUGGUCAGCAUCCAGCAGCUUCUCCGACUCAUCCAAGUGCAAUUCGUGGGGGAGGUGCUUUUACUCAAAACAGCCAGCCAGUGGCCCUACGUGGAGGCGGAGCACGGCAGGAGAAGGCAUGAAUUUACAUUAUCAAGAUGCUGAAAGCUACACAGCAUGAAGAGGAUUGGAUAUUGCGCAAUGAGAGUCAUUCCGUGACAGUGACGUCUAUCUGUCUCUCCCUGGGGAUUGUAGGAUUAUUUUUUUGAAAAUUGUAUAAACUUAUACUGGUCUGUACAGCUCUCCUCAUUCUACAAAUUUGGCUAAUUGACUCCAAACAAAACUAGGAAAAACUUUCUUCUUGGGAAAUUGACGUGUAACUUAAAACGUAGCUCUUUUCAUUACCUGAUCUAUCUUUCACGUCUUAAAUUUAGUCUGCACUGUGCCAAGUUGAAUGUAUGUUAAGCAACAUCUUAGUUAAAAUUUCCUAGCUUAAUUUAUGUAUAUUUAAUGGUCUUAGGGAUUGUGGAACAAUGUUGAAGUAAAGUUUUAAUUUUACCACUUUUAAUAACACUACUUGACCCACUCUUGAAUUAGAGCAGCACUGUACAUUAAGUUUGCCUGUAUGGCUGUAUAGAGCAUAAGACUAAAAUUAUGUGUACAGUUUGCAAUUACUGAGGUGUGCUUAUGACGACUGCCCUUAGGCACUGAAGUCUCUCAAAAAAACGUGGAUUGAAAAUUUUCCUUUUUUGACGAGGCUGCUUAACUGUUUGAUUAAACCUGUUAUCAGGUUAAUGAGUUAAUACUGUAUAACAAGUAGUAAAUGUAAGUUUACAUGGAAAGACUUUGGCAAUGACUUUUCAUCUGUCCUGUUCCUGAUUAUACCCAGAAUAGUGUGAUGAGGUGAAAACAUUCUGCUUCAUCUUGAUAAGCCUGUUAAUUGGUCACCAGAACUGGAUGAAUUUGGUUAACUUUUCCAGUGAGAAAUCAGGGCACUGUAGAACUCCUUGUAUUAUCAGUGCAUCAUAUUUCAUUCAAACCACAAAUUUGACUUUAAGAGAAUGAAUUGAUAGAAUAAGUGGAACCAAGUGAAUAAAGGGGGAAAAGAAAGUGCAUAAAAUGGCCAGAAAUGUAGGGUGGAAAUGGAAAUUGUGCUACACUGAAACUGUACUGUAACUUAUUUGUAAAUCUAGAGUUCUGUAAAUGUGUUUUUCUCUAGCAAUCCUGUUGGACAUCAUUGUCAUGAUCAUUACUUUUGCAAAGUUUUGAGACCAAGUUUAAAGUUUUGCCCAGCAAAAAGCACUUGAAAUGACAUGCCACAAAAUUCAAAAGAACACCUUUGACAAGGAAGUUACUGUUCGAUAUUGUCCAAAGGCUUUGAAAAGUUUUCUCAUUACAGUCACUUGACUGGUAGGAAGUGAAAGAAAAUGCUUUCCAACAGUUGAGAGAUUUUGAAUAACUGCUUUUCCAGAGUAAGUUGAUGCCAGUUUUAUAUUAUACUGAAGUACAUUCACAGGCACUUGCUGGGGGGCGGGGUAGGUUUUCUGUAGAACUUUAUGACUAUCUUUUGUACAAAUUGAAAUAUUUGUAUUAAGACGGAGCCUAGUAAUAGAAAAAAUUGACUGACACCCCCCCCCAAAUACCUUAAGUUCUGAUUAGUGUCUUUUUUAAUACAUUUAUUUUAGAGACGGGGGUUUUCUUUUUCUUUUUUUUUAAUCAGCCAGACCCUUGUUAGUUUGGAAUUGUCAUAAGAUUAACCUCUUUCUUUUGUGCUUGAAUUAAACACUCCAAAUUGAAAAGAUGAAAUAAGAGGGGACUUGUAUAAAGGGAAAAUGGUGGAGAAGGAAUCUCUGUUAAGUGCUUGAAGUUGUGUUUUCAGUUGCAUUGGCCUAUGUCAGUUUCUCAACUAUAGACGUACAAUUUCAGUCUGGAUUCGGUUUACACAGUUCAAUCUGGUUUCCUGGCAGUUACUCAAAUGAAGCAGGAUAUUUUCUCAUGGCUGUUUACGUUAGUUUCAUUCCUGUAAGUAAUGUAUCACGGAUUUUGGUGCUGACAUGGCUGUGUAAUUAAACAGUUAAAUAAACUGUAACUAGCAUGUAGCUCAACAUGUACAUCCUUUUUAUACCUAAGCUUUUUUAUUUUAACCUUUUAUGAAGUUUACCAAGAACUGCAACUUAAACUUUCAAAAGGACUCCUAUGUUCCUUGGCUCUCCUAUGGUAGGUUGCAUGGACAGGACAAUUUUUUGGUUUUGUAAAUUUAGAAUCUGCAAUCUGCAAUAGAAUUUUAAAUGCGUUACUGUUCCAAUUUACAGUUCUUGGAUUUUUAUUCCUCUAGGCUAUUUUUUAAAAAAUGGCUUAGGACAGGAAUUGAAUGACAUGAAAGAAGACUAUUUAUUCAUGGAGAUAAACUAAAUUAUUUGCAUAACAUUACUGAUUAACUACUUUAAAUUAGAUCUGAAAUGACAAGAGUCUGCCUGUGGCAAGGAUCUGCCACUGAAUAAACAGUUAUGUAUUCUCAAUGCAUGAGAAUGCAUUUAAGAAUAACUGGUUUGGAGAAGAUGCCAUAUAGUUUUAACUACCUGCAUGCUGUAAAUGUUUUUGUGUUUAAAUAAAGAAAAUCUUUGAA